AUGGCCGUGGAUAAGUCGAAUACCAUCUGCCAGGCGCAUGUGAGUGACUUGGGAGCAGAAUAUAUUCGGUAUCCGAUAUGUUUGGAGACUAGGUGGAACGCAGCAGCAUCAGCAUCAGCGGCGGCAUCUGCAACAACGGGAGGCGAGGGGCCGUCUACAACUAGGUCUGCGAGUGGUAUAUAUGCAGAUUCGAAGGAUGCAUCGGGUUCAGUCACGGUUCCGGUUCCAGGCACUGCUUCGUCUGAUUCUUCAAAUUCGAAAGAGAGCGGGAGUAGUGGUAGCGGAGACGAUGCAGACGUGGAGUCUCCGCUGGAUAAUUCCAACUUCCUCUCCUUUGAAGAAUGGAAGAAUCAAAAUCUUGCGAAAGCAGGACAAUCGGCUGAGACCAUGAGGAGGCAUCGGCAGGAUAAAGGACAGCAAGCUAGAAGACGACAUACGCGGUCACCGCAGAUGAACGAUCCGCUAGACGGGCUGGGAGAAGAGUCGGAAAUCGACCUUGAAUUCGGUGGCUUUUCUACAGACGAAUCUGGCGUUGCUUCAUGGGAGAGAAAAGAUGGUGGAAAGGCCUCACCUGAUAAUAUAGACUCCGUCACUGCCCCCAGUGGUGCUGUGGUCGGGGGUAAGGAAGACAAGCAUCCCUCCCAGCCGAUCUUCGAGCUUGACGGCCAGGAUGCUGAGAAUAUGCCACGCAAGGGGAUUGGUCGACGGAAACAUGCAGGAACAACGUGCAAGGAACGCUUCAACUAUGCAUCUUUCGACUGUGCCGCUACAGUCCUGAAAACAAACCCGCAAUGCACCGGUUCUUCAGCCGUGCUUAACGAGAACAAAGACAGCUACAUGCUGAACGAGUGCAGGGCCAAGGACAAAUUCCUCAUUAUGGAGUUAUGUGAUGAUAUUCUCGUUGACACAGUGGUGUUGGCCAACUAUGAAUUCUUUAGCUCCAUCUUUCGAUCGUUUAGAGUCAGUGUUUCUGACCGGUAUCCGAUCAAGGCUGACAAAUGGCGGGUGUUGGGCACUUAUGAGGCUGCUAAUGCUAGACAGGUGCAGGCCUUUGCGGUGGAGAAUCCGCUUAUAUGGGCUAGAUACUUGAAAAUCGACUUCUUGUCCCAUUAUGGGAACGAGUUCUAUUGUCCAGUUAGUUUGGUCAGGGUGCAUGGAACCACCAUGAUGGAAGAGUAUAAGAAUGAUGGUGAAGCUGCGAGGGCAGAUGAAGAGGAGGAUGCAAAUGCACAGGAGGAAGCGGAACAGCAGCGGCGACAAAACGAACAGCAACAGCAGCUGGAGCAGAAAGAGGCCGAUGUAGUUGUGCAUCCAGACGUUUCCGUCCCCGAGGUGGUUAUUAAUGACCAAAUGGUUCCACUUUCCAAUCUAUCUGAUCGUGAACUGGAUGAGCUUAGAUGUUUCGUGGAGAGAAAUGAGACAGAGAGCAUCUUACUCGGACUGGUAUCCAGUAAGAUGUGUGCCAUCCAGGAACGCGCGGCUCAUAUUGCAAGUCAGCCUGUGACAGCUACUAGGGUGAAAGACGAGGCUGCUGCUCCUGCCAGCGACUCCAUCACCUCUACCAAUACCCCAGAGCAGAUACGUUCAGUCUCUUCUACUCGUACACCCACGACGUCUGAUAGAGAAGAGACUCGCCGUAGUUCUACGGGUUCAUCUAUCGCGGCUAAUGGGUCACAUACGGAGCCAACGAGGAUGAACUCAGCGACAUACUCACCUUCUCCUGCCUCACCACCACCCAACCCAUCCACCCAAGAAUCCUUCUUUAAAUCAGUCAACAAAAGACUGCAAAUGCUGGAGUCAAACUCUACCCUUUCCCUCCUUUAUAUCGAGGAGCAAUCCCGCAUCCUCCGUGACGCCUUCAACAAGGUCGAGAAACGCCAAUUGGCAAAAACAUCUACCUUUUUAGAGAACCUUAACUCUACCGUUCUGCAGGAGCUGAAGGAGUUCCGUCAACAAUAUGACCAUCUCUGGCACUCUGUUUUUAUAGAAUUCGAGCAGCAGCGCCAACAGUACCAUCGAGAGGUGUAUUCGGUUGCUACCCAACUCGGUGUUCUUGCAGACGAACUCGUGUUUCAAAAACGAGUUGCCGUCAUCCAAAGCAUCUUUGUCCUGGUCUGUUUCGGCCUGGUGCUAUUCUCCCGCAGCUCGGGCACACCAUACUUGGAAUUUCCACGUAACAUCGUCACUCGCACGCGCAGCUUCCGCUCUUCUUCAGUCACUUACGGCUCACCAGCGCCAUCUGCUAGUCCUAGCCCACCGCCCAUGAGCAGGAUGGGGUCAUCAAUACUGAGCAGAAGUGAAGCAGACGACGACAACCUGCAUCACAACCACUCACGACACCACCGCAGUCCCUCUGAACAAACAGAUUAUGAAGUUGGAAAUCCUACCUUUACAUAUUCCCCGCCUACUCCAACUUCCAGGACCACGACGCCAGAGCGAACUCGAAAAUUGCGCUUCUCUCCUGAGCCGCAAAGUGGUCUCGCUGCGUCAGCGACCGGCAGUCCCGCAACUAUGAGCGAUCCGGAGCUUAGCCUGAGAAAACGCCCUAUCAAGAGCGUGGAGGUGAAACACGAGUCUGAAUCGGACGCUGAACAGCCGGAAGGUGACUCUUUCACCUAA